AUGAACCCGGAGGACGAGCCGGACGAGGACGAGCUUCUCGACUUGGCCGUCCACCUGAGCGUCGAGGAGCAGAGAGGAUUCCCAUCAGCACCUGGAAGAGGACGUCCUCAGCUCGUCGAGGCCAUCCAGCGAGGCGACAUGGCGGCUCUGCGGGAGCUGUGUGAUUUCCCAGCAGCCCUCAGCGAGCCGGACGACGGCGGCUGGUAUCCCGUCCACAGGGCGGCGGUCCAGCCUCGGGUCGCCGUGUUGGAGAUGCUGCUGCACGCGUCGUCCGGCCCGGCUCUGGAGCAGCCGACGCUGGAUGGCGAGACGCCGCUGACGCUGGCGGCAAGGGCCGGCUUGGUGGAAAACGUGGAGCUGCUGCUGGAACUCGGAGCUUCACCACAAAACACCAACAGCUCCAACGAAACCCCUCUGCUGCUCGCCGUCAGAGCUGGAUCUUACCAGCUGGUCUCCAGUCUGAUCGUGGGCGGGGCUCUGGUGGGGCAGCGCUGUCUGCGGAAGUGGACCGCCAUGCACGAGGCGUCCCGGCUGGGCCGAGUCGACGUCCUGGAGCUGCUGCUGCGGAGCGGCGGCCGAGUCUCCGAGACGGACCAGCAGGGAGUGACUCCUCUGGCCAUCGCAGCAGAGCACGGCCACCCCGAGGCCCUGGAGCUCCUCAUCAAGAACGGUGCCGACGUCAACGCCCGGGCGCCCAAUGGCGACAGCGUCCUGAGCGAUGCUGCAGAUUCGGGGAACCCGGAAUGCAUCAACCUCCUGCUGCAGCACGGAGCUGACCCCAACGCCCCCAGCCUGAGCUGCCUGCUGCCCAUCCACCGCGCCGCACACCAAGGAAACCUGCAGGCUUUGAGGAUAUUGAUCCCGCUCACCAGCAGAAGGGCUAUCUGGCUGUCGGGUCAAAGCCCCGUCCACUCGGCCGCAGACGGAGGCCACGCCGACUGCCUGGAGCUCCUGAUCCAGAGCGGCUUCGACGCCAACGCCCUGUUAGUCCAGCACCUCGCCGAAAACUACCGCGACUUGAGGAGGAGCGCCUUGUACUUCGCCGUGUCCAACGGAUACGCCUCCUGCACCAAAGUCCUGCUGGACGCCGGCGCCAAAACAGACCUGGACCCUCUACACUGCCUCCUGGUGGCGGUCCGAUCCGGCAGGCACGAGAUCGUGAAGCUGCUGCUGGCCGCUAAGGCGGACGUGAACUGUUACUUCAACCUGGUGAGCGACACGGUGUUUCCCACGGCGCUGCAGUACUGCCUGAAGGACGAGGCCAUGAUGCGGCUGCUGCUCAGCGGCGGCUACGAGGCCCACAAGUGUUUUAUCUGUGACCACGACAGUGAGCGGGACGAGCUGCAGCAGGAAAAAGUUACCUUCUGUGACUUCAUCGGCGUCUCGUGGCUGCGUCACCUGGCCGGCGGCGUCGUGUCCGUCCUGCUGGAAUACGUCGGCCAGGUGACGCUGUGCAGCAAACUGAGCGCCGUCCUGCAGACACACAGAGACUGGCCGCACAUUCACACGACGACAUGUGAGUCACUGAGUAACCCUCGCUCGCUGUGUCACCUGAGCCGCCUCAUCAUCAGGAAGCAGCUGAGCGCCGCCGGUCGUGCGCCCGCCGCCGUGCCGCUGCCCGCCCGGCUGAGGGACUUCCUGCUGUUCCAGGAGGCGGUCACCUGCCCGGCAGACUGAGCGUCCAGCGGCGGGUUCCCCUCAGACAGAACACCGACCAGACGUGUCGCUUUGUUUUCAACAGAGCAUCUACUUUUUU